AUGUUGAAGGCUGUGGCCAGUGGACUCACCUGGGCCAAGGUUGAACCGUUGGCUGCCAGUCUCAUGGCAAGUUUCACCAGGCGGGAACCUACAGAAAAUGAUGGUGAUGCAGUCAGUCGUGUGGCACCCAGUGUUGCACUCAGUCGUGUGGCCCUCAGUGAUGCAGUCAGUCGUGUGGCACCCAGUGUUGCACUCAGUCGUGUGGCACCCAGUGUUGCACUCAGUCGUGUGGUACUCAGUCGUGUAGCACCCAGUGUUGCACUCAGUCGUGUGGCCCUCAGUGAUGCAGUCAGUCGUGUGGCACCCAGUGUUGCACUCAGUCGUGUGGCACCCAGUGUUGCACUCAGUCGUGUGGUACUCAGUCGUGUAGCACCCAGUGUUGCACUCAGUUGUGUGGCCCUCAGUGAUGCAGUCAGUCGUGUGGCACCCAGUGUUGCACUCAGUCGUGUGGCCCUCAGUGAUGCAUGUGACAGUCGUGUGGCACCCAGUGUUGCACUCAGUCGUGUGGCACCCAGUGUUGCACUCAGUCGUGUGGCACCCAGUCGUGUGGCACCCAGUGUUGCACUCAGUCGUGUGGCACCCAGUGUUGCACUCAGUCGUGUGGCACCCAGUGUUGCACUCAGUCGUGUGGCACCCAGUGUUGAACUCAGUCGUGUGGCACCCAGUGUUGCACUCAGUCGUGUGGCACCCAGUGUUGCACUCAGUCGUGUGGCACCCAGUGUUGCACUCAAUCAUGUAGCACCCAGUCGUGUGGCACCCAGUGUUGCACUCAGUCGUGUGACACCCAGUGUUGCACUCAGUCGUGUGGCACACAGUGUUGCACUCAAUCGUGUGGCACACAGUCGUGUGGCACCCAGUGUUGCACUCAGUCGUGUGGCACCCAGUGUUGCACUCAGUCGUGUGGCACCCAGUGUUGCACUCAGUCGUGUGGCACACAGUGUUGCACUCAAUCGUGUGGCACACAGUCGUGUGGCACCCAGUGUUGCACUCAGUCGUGUGGCACCCAGUGUUGCACUCAGUCGUGUGGCAUCCAGUUUUGCACUCCGUCGUGUGGCACUCAGUGUUGCACUCAGUCGUGUGGCACUCAGUGAUGCACUCAGUCGUGUGGCACCCAGUGUUGCACUCAGUGAUGCACUCAGUCGUUUGGCACUCAGUGUUGCAAUCAGUCGUGUGGCACCCAGUGUUGCACUCAGUCGUGUGGCACUCAGUGUUGCACUCAGUCGUGUGGCACCCAGUGUUGCACUCAGUCGUGUGGCAUCCAGUAUUGCACUCAGUUGUGUGGCACCCAGUGUGACACUCAGUCGUGUAGCACUCAGUGUUGCACUCAGUCGUGUGGCACCCACACUCAGUCGUGUGGCAACCAGUGUUGCACUCAGUCAUGUGGGACUCAGUGUUGCACUCAGUCGUGUAGCACCCAGUGUUGAACUCAGUCGUGUGGCACCCAGUGUUGAACUCAGUAGUGUGGCACCCAGUGUGACAUUCAGUCAUGUGGCACUCAGUGUUGCACUCAGUCGUGUGGCACCCAGUAUUGAACUCAGUAGGGUGGCACCCAGUGUGGCACUCAGUCAUGUGGCACCCAGUCGUGUGGCACCCAAUGUGACACUCAGUCAUGUGGCACCCAGUGUUGCACUCAGCCGUGUGGCACCCAGUGUUGCACUCAGUCGUGUUGCACCCAGUGUGACACUCAGUCAUGUGGCACCCAGUGUGACACUCAGUUGUGUGGCACCCAGUGUUGCACUCAGUUGUGUGGCACCCAGUGUUGCACUCAGUCGUGUGGCACCCAGUGUGGCACUCAGUCGUGUGGCCCCCAGUGUGACACUCAUACGUGUGGCACCCAGUGUGACACUCAGUCGUGUGGCACUCAGUGUUGCACUCAGUCGUGUGGCACUCAGUGAUGCACUCAGUCGUGUGUCACUCAGUGAUGCACUCAGUCGUGUGGCACUCAGUGAUGCACUCAGUCGUGUGGCACUCAGUGUUGCACUCAGUCGUGUGGCACCCAGUGUGACACUCAGUCGUGUGGCAUCCAGUGUUGCACUCAGCUGUGUAGCACUCAGUGUGGCACUCAGUCAUGUGGCACCCAGUGUGACACUCAGUCGUGUGGCACCCAGUGUUGCACUCAGACGUGUAGCGCUCAGUGUUGCACUCAGUCUUGUAGCACUCAGUUGA